AGAGGUCCCGAUGUUGGAUCUUUGGUAAAAUCACAAAUAUUCUCAAUCGAAGAGCUUGGUCCUAUCAAGGGUGUGUAAAAGAGUCUUGCUCUAAAAAGGCCUCUGCUCACGGCGACAAGUUUAAGUGCUCUAAAUGCAAUGAGGUGUUCGACCAGGGAAUACACCGAUAUAAGAUUACUGUUAUCGUGAAGGAUUCUUCGGGCUCUGUUACGUUAUGUCUGUGGGAUCACGAGUGUCGUCAGUUGUUGCACAAAACUGCGGGCCAACUCAGAGAACAACUGAAUCUGAGUGGCAUUCAUGAGACAGCGACGUCAAAAGAAAUUGACGAUUUAGUGGGUCUACAUCUUUUGUUUAGGGUUGAUAUAAGCGAGGAAGAUUUUAAAAAAAGUGACAAAGUUUUUUCCGUGAGGUGCCUCACACAAAAUGAUGAUCUUAUGAACCAAUUUCUGGCAAAAACAAAUGAUGAACAACAAGUGGAUCUGGAAUCUGAUGACGAUUUGGAAAUUUUUUUCAGUCAGCCAGGAGUAACAUCAUCAAACAAUAUUGAUGAUGCUACGACUACUACCCCAAUGUCAAAGCGGUCUUUGUUAGAUUAUGAGGAAGGAC